AUGUCUAAAAAUUUAAAUCAGAAUACUUCCUUGCUUUGUUAAAUAACUUAACUUACAAAAAAAAUUUAACAGCAUGAAUAGUAAGAGUAAAUCUUAAAGACUGAAAAUUAAAAGGUCAAAGUAGAAAAUACUGCAUUAUUAGAACAUAUAUCAAUACUUUAAAAACAAUAAGAAGAACACAUUAAUGAAGUAUAAUUUUUUCAAUUUAUAAAUAGAUUGAAAAUUUAAAAUAAUUAAUUCAGAGAAUUUCAUAAGAAAAAAUUUUUUAAACCGAAUAUUAAGAACAUUAAAAUGUAUUUUUUUGAGUCUAUUAUAGAAUAUAUAUAAGGAUUAAAACAAAACCUUAACAAAGGCAUUGAGCAAUUUAUAAAAUAAUUUAGAUAGAUAUUAAUAUAUUUCAGAAAUCAGUCAAAAUAAUUUAAUUAAUGGAAUUGGAUUACAAUUUGGAGAAGACACUUGUUGA